ACGCGGCACAAUACCUAGCGGACAUUACACUGCCCAGGGUGUCAGACGACCAAUACCAGGCCCUGAUACAGCCUAUCACAGUCCAGGAAAUCAUCAACACUAUUAAACCGCUCCCCCCAGGGAAGUCCCCGGGGGCAGAUGGCCUCUCCAACGCAUACUAUAAGAAGUUCGGCGACUUACUGGCGCCGCAGCUCCUUAAGGUGUACCAGCAGACGGCAGCUACAG